CAUCGAGCGCAAAAACAACGCACCGCUGCUGUGUUAUUUGAUUUUAUAUUCAAAUAAAAACUCACAGAGCAGAGCUCGAGAAUUGGGGAAGUCGCUGCAUUUCUGCAGCGAGCGGAGACCCUGGUGUUCGAAGUUGGGACAAACUUGCCCGAGCACAGGCAGCCCGCCUGGGACUGUGUGCGAGGUGGACCGAGCGACAGGGAGUGUGCUGAAAGACCAGACCUGUCCCUAUUCAAUGCAGCCGGCUCAUCGUGAUGGACAGAGAUGCCGUGCUUCUUGCGCAGCUCCUGGCUUUCGCCGUUUUGGGUAGUAAUUUGUUGACCCCUGGUCUUGCAGCCAAUGACCUUACAAACUUGCAUGAUCAAUUACAAUCAAACCAAUCAGAUGAAAAAAUUGUAAGGAUCUGCAAUGUGACAGCUAUGCUCGAAAAAGUAUACUUAUGUGGAUAUCUGUUUGAAAACCAACUCAAUGAAAUGAAUUCCAGUGACUGGUGCAACUUCACCCUCAUUGCAGACCAUUACAGUACAUUCUCAUUCUGCAUGGAGCUUUCAGCAGAAAGUGUUUAUUGCUACUGGCCGAAUCCUCAACUGGAAACCUAUGUAAUUAACAUGCACAAAUUAUUUUUUUCAAACUGUACUUCAGAAAUCUUAAUUUUUCAGGACCCUCCUGAUAACAUCCUCUGUAUCCUCAUCGCAGUUCCUAUCUGUCUAACUAUCGUAAUGAUAGCUGUGGUGGUGUGGUGCAGUAAGAGGAGUGAUAUACUGGUGUAGAUUUAAAGAAGAAUAUUGCACUUCAGUAUGAAACUGUUCUUUUAAGUUAAUGUGAUCUAAGUCAAUUCCACUGACAAUGUGUUGAUCAAUAAUCAUCAUCUUUAGUUGUAAGAGGACAAGGGCCAGUGAUAAUCACAGAACUGUAAAGUCAAUGGCCUGCAACAAAUAUAUUUUAAAACAUGAGCCCUAUUGGGGAUUCAGCUGUCUGAUGUACAGAAAGAAAAAGGAUUGAAUGCCCCGCUCUACUAUGGACUCCAAUGUAAUACAUCAAGCAAAGUACACAGUGACUCAGCGGCCGAGCUCAUUACAUUCUCCAGUCAUCAUGAAUGACAAUUGUAAUUAUCUCAGAUCUCCUGUACAAUAAACUAUGAACAAGUCAGGAGGGACUUUUUUGCGAUAAUCUAAUGAAGAAGAUACCAACACUUGUUGAAGGAACCUUUCUCAGUCCACUAUAGGAUAAAUUCUUGGAGCUGACGGGUGUGGAGCAGCCACCAGGAAGGAUGUUGAGAAGAAUGAAAGGAAAUGCGCUGACUGUAAUUUCAUCAGGAGUGGUACGGGAACAGACAAGACCUCUGCAUUUCUUAAACUCUUUAUUAUGACUUAAAAGUAAAUACGCUGCUCAUCUCUGCCCAGUGUAAUUUGCAUGGAAGAAACAUGAUCAUGGACAAAAUGUGAUGCCAUUAAGAACUUUAUGUUACACAACUAAUUCAAACUGGAUAAUUGUUACUGUAGAACGAGCAAUUGGCAGAAUACAGAAGCUUCAGCCCAUUCUGAGAUCGCUGUGAUACAAGUAGAUGUGAAGAUUGCUGAGUGAUGUCCUACUUUCUGUCUGAAACGUCAAACACCAAUUUUUAUAUAUUUUAAACUGAUGACCUUGUCAGACAAUGGCAGGAAAUUAGUGUGUUCCACUUAAAGCUAAAAUGUGCCUUUUUUGGCAGGUCCCAGGACAUAAUCCAUACAACUUCAAAACAAAUGUGUUAACAUGCUUAGUGAUUACCAUAGUAAUUUUUAAGGCAUUUUAAAAAAUUGCCCAGAAAACUGUGGUUAAAUUAUGUUAGUUGUUAAAGUCAUUGGCUGGCAGCAGAAAUAUGUUGAAACUGUGGACCAUAUUAUAGAAACAAUGGGGUGUAAAUAACUCAGUAACAGAAAGCUGAACCUCAAGGAGUUUAAUGAAUGCAAUCUGUAACUUACUCAAAUCUCCAUUAUAGUAAGUUACAAGGACAUAUGCCAGAAAGGACAAUUGUAAAAAGAAAUCUUUAACAGCCUCUGAGGAAAUGUUUCUCAGUAUAUCCAACUGUGAUUUUUGCUGUUGAAUUCUUCAUUAUAUAUAGGGACUUUGUAGAGUUACCUAAUUUAAAUGGCUCUAAUUAGACAAAGCUGCCAUUCUUGGGUACUUGCCUUCUAAUGGAGGCUGCAUAUUGCUGUACAAACAGCCAGGUUCUUUGUAAGGAGUCCAAGAUUUCUCAUAAUACAAGCUGCACCUCUGCCAUUCGGAAAAUAGGACCUGUCAUUGAUUGAAUGUUACACAACAGCUGGGAUGUAGGAAAUCUUCCAACGAAACAGUCCCUGAUCUGGCUCUGAUCCUACUCUACCACAUCAGUGUUCUUGUCUAGGACAACUGGAGGAACUACCAUCCCAUUGAGACUAUUAAGAAAAACAGGGAAUUGUUAGACCCCAGGUCUCAAAGAGUUCACCAAAUUCUCAAUUUCCUGCUCAACUUCAGUUGCUACAAUGAAUGCAGUGGAAUUUCACAAAAGGCCAAGGCUUUUGGUGCUUCUAACUUUUGUGUAAAAGAAAAUUGGAUGUCCUAUGGGUGAGAGAAUUGGCUGCUGCUUACAAAAUUUAGAAGAGGUUUUAUGUGUUUCUGUCCCAAAUUAUAAAUUAUUUGGGGGUAUAAAAGGUAUCUGUAAUUGUGGAAAGUAAGAUUUCAAGUUAUUUGUGAGGACAUAUUCAUGAAGUUUUAUUUGAAUUUCCCAUCUGUGCUGACUUGGAGUAGGACACAGAGGUUUAUUGAGAGGGAAGACCAGAGUCUCUUGUGCUCCAUUCCAAAGAAGUCGUUUGGCAAAAAGCAUCCUUCUUCAAAAAGUAAUACCUACAGAUUAGAUCAACAAAAUAUACCUAAGAAUAAUAUAUAUUUUAAUAUUCAUUAAAAAUUUAUUUAAAUAUACUUCAGUCCAUAUUGGAUUAGAAAUCCUUAAAUAUUGAAAACAAAAUUUGCUUAUUUUCUAUUUUAAGAAACAACUAUUUUAAAUACUCAAUAACCAUGGAGAGUGGACUAACUGGCUUCUAUGUCUAAAAUCCAAGUUGCACAGAACAAAAUGAUGUAUGAAAUUGGACUACCGUUAAAAUUCAGUGCUACAUUCUGAUCUAAGCAAUAUAAAUUAUGUUAGUGUAUUACUGCUAAAGAUAUCUUUUCAAAUUGACAACAGCAUAUUUACGACUGACUUAAGUUAUAAUAGUUGGAAAGAGACUACUGUGUAUCUUCCAUGACUAAAAUGAUUGCUUCCCUAUCCUUUAUUAGUUGGCCUUUACUUCAGCCCCUUCAUGAAUCAAAUCACUGGUUUCUGGACCUCUGCUGGUGGUAUUCUUGCUGAGUAUUUCUAUUGUUCCGAGUGAGAUUAUUGAUGGGUGUUGACAGUAAUUUGAAUCCUCAACAUGAACAAUGUUGUAAUGUUACUAUGAACCCUGGAGUGGUGGUAUAUUCCUCCAUUGCUGGAAUCUGGCCUCUCUUUCAUUUAUAAACAAGAAUAUGUAAGCAUCACUUUUCUGCAAAAGUUCAAAAGAUAGCAAUAGGAUAUAAUCUACUUUAAACUUGACCUGAAAUAUUUUGUCUAGGGCAGAACCGACUUGAUCCUUCCAGGGGGAAGAGGAGUUACAUGUGGGAGAGGGUGGAUAAUGCUGACUUUAGUCUUCUUUGUAGCUGAGAAUAAAAGAGAUUUCAGGAUAGUCUUUAACAGAUUUACACAACACUGCUCAGUGGUGAGGGAUUCAGUUCACUAAAUGGAUAUUCAAAUAUACUUCCAUUUCCAUGAUUGUCUGUCUUUCCAUUUUUUUGUCUAAGCUAUAUGUACGAUGCUUGGAACAAACAAAAAAAAAUUCAGGUUUUUAGUAAGGUUCACCUGUAGUUGACUGUUGGAAGCCAUUUAGCCAAUCUAAUGGAAAAGGUUAUAUCAAUCUCAGUCAUGAUAAGUAGAGUGAGUGCUCACGGUAAGAUGAACACACAAAAUGCUAGAGGAACUCUCAGUCAGGCAGCACCGACGGAGAGAAAUGGACAGUUGACAUUUUGGGUCGAGAACUUUCAUUUGCACCCUCUUGCGUCUCUGUUUUGCUCCUUGAUUGCACAGUUACUUCGGGUACAUUCGCUUCAAAGAAUUUUUCCUCCUCUCUUCAAUGGGGUCCUGUGAGACCCUCUGUCACUGCAUCUCCUCCCCCCCCCCCGUGAUUUCUGCUGCCCUCCUGCUCUUUGGCCAUGUGCUCAUUGGGACUCACUACCACACCACAUGUCCUUCCUCAGUACUUCUCUCCACUGGUACCUUGGCCUGCGUGGCUUCCAGCUCCAAUUUAAGGAAUAUUAGGAAUUUAUGUUCCGUUCAUUGCUUCUCCCUAUGUAUUACCCUCGGUAUUCUAUGUGCUACCCUCAUGGCUAGGAGUUGGUACCUUCUUCCCCUCUCUUUUUCCCUCCCACAGUUCCAGGUCUCUUUGUCCAACACUUGCUGAGGACCUCUCUGCCACCUCACCCUCUUCUGGAUCCAUGCAUUUAACCAGCCAUUCUCCUUCCUUGAGUACAUGAAGGCCUGCAAGCUUGCCUACCUUCAGGCUGCAACCCUUGACAUUGCCACUGGGUCCUGCUGUUCUUCCUCCACCACAGAACAUGCCACCACUCUCCACCCUCCCUGGUUCCUCACACUACCCCCAACUGCUCAUCCUCCCAUCACUCAUCUUCCCACCCCCUCACCUUCCCUGAUUCAGUACCUUACUGCCCUCUUCUGAUCCUGUGCUUGAUCUCAGCCCUAAUUUCUUCCAUACCUUCACCAUUCCCUUUGAUAGAGACAUAGAAAACCUACAGCAUGAUACAGGCCCUUCGGCCCACAAUGCUGUGCCAAACAUGUACUUAGUUUAGAAAUUACCUUGGGUUACCCAUGGCCCUCUAUUUUGCUAAGCUCCAUGUACCUAUCCAGGAGUCUCUUAAAAGACCCAAUUGUAUCUGCCUCCACCACCGCCACUGGCAGCCCAUUCCACGCACUCACCACUCUCUGCAUAAAAAAAAUUUGCCCCUGACAUCUCCUCUGUACCUACUUCCAAGCACCUUAAAACUGUGCCCUCUCAUGCUAGCCAUUUCAGCCCUGGGAAAAGCCUCUGACUAUCCACACGAUCAAGGCCUCUCAUCAUCUUAUACACCUCUAUCAGGUCACCUCUCAUCUUCCGCUGCUCCGAGGAGAAAAGGCCAAGUUCAACUCAACCUGCUCUCAUAAGGCAUGCUCCCCAAUCCAGGCAACAUCCUUGUAAAUCUCCUCUGCACCCUUUCUAUAGUUCCUGUAGUGAGGUGACCAGAACUGAGCACAGUACUCCCAAGUGGGGUCUGACCAGGGUCCUGUAUAGCUGUAACAUUACCCCAAGAGCCCUCUGAUCCUCCACACUGCCAGCAGUCUCACCAUUAAUACUAUAUUCUGCCAUCAUAUUUGACCUACUAAAAUGAACCACCUCACACUUAUCUGGGUUGAAGUCCAUCUGCUACUCCUCAGCCAGCCCAGUUUCGCAUCCUAUCGAUGUCCAUUUAACCUCUGACAGGUCUCCACACUAUCCACAGCACUCCCAACCUUUGUGUCAUCAGCAAAUUUACUAACCCAUCCUUCCACUUCCUUAUCCAGGUCAUUCAUAAAAAUUACAAAGAGAAGGGGUCCCAGAACAGAUCCCUGAGGCACACCAGGGUGACUGACAUUAAUGCAGAAUAUGACCCGUCUACAACCACUCUUUGCUUCUGUGGUCCAGCCAGUUCUGAUUCACAAAGCAAGGCUCCCUUGGAUCCAAUGCUUUGUGUUCUGCCACAAUGUAGAGCCCCUCUUCCAUUGCCUCUAUUUCUUCAGCAAGGGUUUCCCACAAUCCCACUUAUGAUCCUUCCUUGCACCUCAAACUCUCCACCUGUUAUGCUCCUCCUUCUGACCGUUCCCUCUCUAUUAACCUUUUCAUUUCUAACUACCAAUUGUCCUGAGUUCUUCACUCCUCUCAUUUACUCCAACCUCACCCCCUCCACAGCAUCCAAGCUUAUAAUUUUCUAACCUGAAAUGCCCGCUUCUACUUCCAGCCUAAAAUCCAUAAACAAGACUGCAUUGCUAUGGCCGUUGUUUUCAUCUGCUCUUGCCCCACUGAACUUAUUUCCUCAUACAUUAACUUCAUGUUGACCCCCAUCCAUAUGCUUGCCACCCACAUCUGGGAUGUCUCGUGUACUUCCUUUGACUUCAAUAUUUUACAAUUCACUGGCUUCCACUGCCUCAAUAACACCAUGUUCCCAUAUACUCCUAUACCCUGUCAGGAAAACCCUGGCACUCUCUGUUUCUUACUAUAACACCCACUUAACCUGUUCCCCUCUACCAACACCCUCCUUUAUCGGUAUUGGUAUUGGUUUAUUAUUAUCACGUGCCAAGAUAUAGUGAAAAGUUUGACUUGUAAGCUGUCCAUGCAGAUCAAAUCAUUGCACAGUGCACUGAAGUAGAUUGAAGCAAAAUAAGAAUGCAGAACAAAGUGUAAAAGCUAUAGAGAAGGUGCAGGGCAGGGAAGCCAUAAGGUGCAACAUCUUAGCGAGGUAGACUGGGAUCAAGAGUCCAUCUUAUUGUACAAGAAUUUGAUAACAGUGGGAUAGAGAUUGUCCUUUAGCAUGGACUUUCAGGCUUUUGUAUCUUCUGCCCAAUGGGAGAGGGAAGAAGAGAGAAUAUCCAGAGUGGGUGCAUCAAUAAAAACUGGUAAGGGUCAAUGAGGACAUGACAAAUUAUUUUAGCUGCCUGAGGAAGUAGAGGCCUUGGAUGGCAGAACUUGUGCUUACCCUUAAAUAUCAGUCCAGAUGAAGGGUCUCAACUCAAAAUGUUGAUUGUCCCAUUUCCCUCGUCCUAAUUCACUGAAUCCCAUCAGAUUUUAAAUGUUGCUCCAGAUUCCAGCAACAACAUGAUAAGGUGCCUACAAACAAGAAAUUGCUAAAGGUAUUUCCUUUGGUUUUAUCUCUUAAUUUCACUGCUGAAUUGGAAAGAGCACAGAGAUAUCUGGUGCUGUGCUCCACUUGCAGAGCUUGAAAAUGUCUCUUUUUUGUAAUUACCAUUAAAGUAGUAUUUCUCCAAAUAUAUUACAACUCUGUUCAUGAAAGAAACCAGUACGUGAUUAAGUAUGUGACAGUGCACAUAAUGUUUGAGGUCAUAACAUACUGAAAUUUAAAAAGAAAGUUUGAGAAUGAUCUAUGUAUAUGUUACCUUCUAUAUUAAAAAAAUGGUCAGAAAUGAAGCCCAGUAUUUGGAAAUUAACAAGAAAGCUGGAAUAUGUAAAAAGAGAUGCUGUGCAUCCUUAAUACUCAACAUUUCAAAAUACUGUCCAAAUUUAAGUAGUCCAUUGAAAUAGUGAAAAUCCAGCUUUGGCUUGGUUCAGCUUUAUAUUAUUUACAAUGGAAUUUUGGAAUAAAAUGGGAAUUGUUGAAAAACAUGGAAGAGUUUGCAUUUUUCAUUUUAAAAUGUUAUAAGUACUGUAUUCCAAGAAUGUUGCUUUGAAAAAUAAAUACAUAGUAUCCACAUUUCAUGAUAUUUAUUUAUUUAGAGAUACAAUGCAGAUUAGGCCCUUGCUGCUCUUUGAGUCACACCGCCCAGCAGCCCCUGAUUUACAGUGCCUACAAAAAAUAUUCA